CCAGUGCCACUUCCCCUCUGCCACCGGCGCCGUGGGGCCACUGCGUCCCCUGUCCUGUCUCCUGUCAUGGCGUGUCCCCCCCUCGCCGCCUGCCUGUGGGUGCUGUGCCACCUCCUGAGCUUCCUCCCCCCCACUGAGGGUGACGAGAGAGAGUCCUGCGGUCCCCACUUCUGCUCCAAGAACAGCUGCUGCCUGGGGCACUGGGCGGUGGGGUCCAAGAAGGGACCUUGGGUCUGUGGGUGCCCCCCCGGCACGGCCCCCACCUCCCAAAACUCUACCAUCUCCUGCCAGGCACUUGGCCCCAGCUGUGACAUCCCCAUCCUGGAGGAGGCCAGGAGGACGUGCGAGGACCCCAAGAGCUCGCCGGGAGCCGCCGCCUGCGCGCGCCUGCGGAGCACCGGGCGGCUGCUGCGCGGCGCCUGCGCGCGGCCCACCCCCCCCGCGCUCCAGGACGUGCUGCAGCAGCUGCAGGCGGAGGCGCUCGCGGUUCCCCACCCCAGCACCACCGGGCUGCUGCUGCAGGCCGCCGAGGCCCUCGUGCUGCAGGCAGCCCUCCGAAAUCCUGCCUCCGGCCCCCAAAACCUCACCACCUCCGUCAUGGAGGCCGCGGCGGAGGUGGUGGGUGACAAGUGCUCCCAGAGCACGCUGGUGCUGGCGGUGGGCAAGGAGAACCUGAGCAUCAGUUGCCACGAGGUGGUUAAAAACGCCCAGGCAGGCACGAGCGCGGUGGCCUUCAUUGUCUACAAAGAUUUAGAGGAGCUGCUGAGCACCACGGAGCGGCACCGGGGGAAGCUCAACUCCCACGUGGUCGGUGGCACCGUGGGGAAAUCUGGCGUCUCCUUCGCCGUCACGGUCAACAUCAGCCUGCAGCACCGGGCGCAGGCGGCCCGGGCGGGCGAGGAGCCUCUCUGCGUGUCCUGGCAGACGGUGGACACCGAAGGCCACUGGUCGCCCUCAGGUUGCACCCGCGUGGGGGGUGACGCCCUCCGCUCCGUCUGCGCCUGCACCCACUUCUCCACCUUCGCCAUCCUCAUGGCCAUCCACCCCAUCGCGGAGAGCUUCGCGCUGACGCUGGUGACCUACGUGGGGAUGUCGGUGUCGCUGGUCUGCCUCUUCCUCACCAUCGUCACCUUCCUCCUGUGCCGCUCGCUCUGGAGCGCCAGCAUCGCCCUCCACCUCCAGCUCAGCAUCUGCCUCUUCGUCGCUGACCUCCUCUUCCUCGUGGCCGCACCCCGCGCUGCCAACCAGCUGGCGUGUGCCAUCACGGCGGGCUUCCUCCACUACCUCUUCCUUGCCUGCUUCACCUGGAUGUUCCUGGAGGGUUUGCAUCUCUUCCUCACCGUCAGGAACCUGAGCGUCCUCAACUACACCAGCAUCAAUCGCUUCAGGAAAAGAUACAUCUACCCCGUGGGCUACGGCACGCCGGCCGUCGUGGUGGCCAUCUCCGCCGCCGUCCAUCCCGAGGGCUACGGCACGAAGCACUACUGCUGGCUGAGCACGGAGGGAGGCUUCAUCUGGAGCUUCCUCGGUCCUAUCUGUGUCAUCAUCCUGGUUAAUUUGACAUUUUUUCUCACCACCCUCUGGACGCUGCGGGACAAGCUCUCCUCCCUCAACACUGAUAUCACAGCCCUAAAAAACACCCGGCUGAUGACGUUCAAGGCGUUGGCGCACAUCUGUAUCUUGGGCUGCACGUGGGGUCUGGGCUUCCUGCAGGCGCAGGGGGACAAUCUAGUGGUGGCCUUCAUCUUCACCAUCAUCAACAGCCUGCAGGGAGCCUUCAUCUUCCUCGUGCACUGCGUCCUCAACCGGCAGGUGACGGAGCAGUACCGGCGCUGGUUUAGGGCGCUGAGGCGACAAGCGCAGCCCCAAGAGAUGCCGACCUCCGAGAUCCAUGUCACCUAUGUCACGGAAGGGGAGAGGCCGCAGAGCCACGGCACCGAGGGCUGCAUGUGGGAGAAGUGACGGCGGGUGCCCCCCAGGACCGACCCGUUUCCAGUGCAUUUCCUGCAGAUCCAACCCAUUUUCCCCACACUUCCUGCUGUUUUGACCCCUUUCCAGCAUUUUUUUUUUCAUCCCUACGGAACAACCUGGUGCUGUUCUCCCCACAGCUCCGACCUGUUUUCAGCAUUUUCCUGCAGAGCAGCCAGUUUACAGCAUUUUCCCCACAUAUCUGACCCAUUUUCCAGCAUUUUUCCCCCAAGAAACAGCCAGUGUUUUCUCCAGGGAUCAAUCACAUCCAGCUGCUUCUCCCCAGGAUCGACCAAUUUCCUGCAUUUUCUUGUGAAACAACCAUUUUCCAGCAUUUUCCCCAAAGAACAACCAGUUCCCAGCAUUCUUCUGUGGAAUGACUUGAUUUCAGGGUUUUUUUCCUGCAGAUUUGACCCAUUUCCAGCAUUUUUCUCCAAGAAACGACCAUUUUCCAGCAUCUUCCCCCAAGACUGAGCUAUUUCUAGCAGUUUUCUGCAGAAUAACCCAUUUUCACCAUUUUUCCUGCCGUUUUGACCCCUUCCCACCAUUUUUCCAUGGAACGUCCUGUUUCCAGCACUUUCUCCCCGGAUCAACUCAUUUUCACCAUUUUCCCCCCAACGUUUGACCCUUUUUUUCCGGCAUUUUUCCGUGGGACAACCGAUUUCCCGCAGUUUUCCAAUAGUUUUGCGCCGUUUUUCUGGCUGCUGCCCCUCCAGCCUCCCCCGCCGUUUCUGGUGGUUUUCUGCGCAAUGACCCAUUUCCAGCCGGUUUUCCCCCAGGAUUGCUCCGUUUCUGGCCUAUCCCGGCCACCUUCGCCCCGUGGCUCUGUCAGGAUUUUGGGGCUGAAAAAAGCUGAUUAAAGGCACGUGACUUGUC